AUGUUUGUCUACGCGGUGACCUCGGUGAUUGUCUUCAACCUGGUAGUACUUGGCAUCGAGGUGGAGGCAUCUACCCAUCUGGGUAUCUCAGAUAUUCCCACCUGGUUCGGCCUCUGCAAUGGCAUUGUCGUCGGGCUCUUCACCCUGGAGCUCAGUGUCAACCUCUAUGCCCAGGGCUUCUCGUCCUUCUUUUGUGGCCGAGAACGAUGGUGGAACUUAUUUGAUCUUUUGAUCAUCGUCUUGUCCUUGCUGGAGACGGUGCUGGAUCUUUGGGCGGCCGCCGAAGCGGCGAACUCAGGGAACCAGGCGCUGUCGCCCAGCCAGCUCCGCUUCGCACGGUCCAUCCGCUUGGCGCGUGCGCUGCGGGGCAUCCGCGUGAUGCGGCUGCUGCGCUACGUGAGCGCUUUGAGGACCUUGGUGACUGGACAGCCGAUCAGUCGGAAUGGGCCCUCGGCAGGCAGCAUGGCCUCCUUGAUGUGGACCUUAGUGCUUUUGCUUCUGCUCUUCUACUCCUUUGGUGUCCUCUUCACACAGAUGGUCACGGAUGAGUGCCGCUUCCAAGCCAUCAUGCGGACGGAGGAUCCGAAUUCGGUGCCGGACUUGGCCGAGAUCUAUUGGAACUAUUGGGAUAGCAUCUCCACUAGCAUGUUGACCCUCUUCAUGGCCACAACCGGGGGCAUCGACUGGGAUGUGGCCCUGAAGCCGUUGGGGGAGAUCUCCGUCUUCGCAGGUGGAUGCCUGGUGGUCUAUGUCAUCAUCACGCUCCCCGGGCAUGAACCUGUGGUGAUGUUGCCAGAGUAG